CAAUAAUUAAUAUGUCCGCGAUAUUUAAUUUUAAAUAGUCAUUGUUGAUAGGAACAGUAAAAUGUUUGUUGUUUCUUACAUUUAAUGACUAUGAACCACAAGGCCAGAAGACAGGAUUUUGGCAAGUACAUGCACCCGUACACGAUGAAGGGGUUUACGGGAACCAUCUCUCCGUACCCCUACUUCAACGCUAAAACGGACGCGGAAGCUAUUGAGGCCGCUCUCAUGCUCAGACGAGGUUCCAUUACCAGCAAGCUGAAACAACUUUUCGGAAUUGAGAUGCCCGGCGAAAAUGCUAGCUUACCUGCCAAAUGGUUUGCCGCUCUUAUCAAAGCCUUAAGACCCACCGUAGAAAAUAAUAAAAGUGGCUACUGCUGGCCCUACUGCGACGGAUCUGAUGAUCAGGAAGAAAAAGAGAAGUUUGAGAAAACUAUAAUAGAGAUACUAACAAACAGAUCAAAUGUUCAGAGACAACAGAUCUGUAUUACCUACAUGAAAAUCUAUCAAAAGGACAUGUUGGAGGAGCUGAAGUCGUGUUUGAACGGAGAUUUCCAGGACGCAGUGGAAGCCUUGGUAACAGACCCUGUGUUAUAUGAUGUACAACUUCUGCACAGAGCUCUAUUCGAGUUACUGACUAUUGAUGGGGAAUUGCUAGCAGAGAUCAUAUGUUCCAGAACAAACGUUCAGCUUAUGGCUAUCCAGGAAAAAUAUGCGGAAGUUUACGGUGAUGUUACUGAUAAGGCUGACAAUGGGCGGCCACUUUCUUUGGUUAAAGAUAUCGAGAAAAUAUUCAUGGAGUCAAGAUUAAUGUCAGACAGAGAAAACGCCGUUGAAUUCGUAAAGAAAGUAUUCGAAGAUGCGUACCACCGAGAAUGGAGUCCUAAGAUGAGCCCAGCUGAUAGGGACGAACAAAGUCAAUGGGACGAGAGACUCGCAAGGAGCGACGCUGGUGAACUCUACGGGGCAGGUGAAUUCAAGUGGGGAACAGAUGAAGGAGGUUUUAUCAACGUUCUGUUCCAACAAAAUGUUACAUUUGCUCAGUUAAGAGCCACUUUUGACGCUUAUGAGAGGCUGUACAAUAGGAAAAUAGUUGAUGUUGCGAACGAAGAGUUCAGUGGGGUUCUGAAGGAACUAAUCUCAACUUAUAUUGAGUGCAUUAUAUCGAGACAGGAGUUCUUUGCUAAUCAGAUGUAUGAAGCAAUGAGAGGUUUAGGUACUGACGAUGACAGACUCAUCAGAAACAUAGUGGCGAGAUGCGAGGUUGACAUGGUGCAGAUAAAACUUUGCUACAAAGAUUUGUUUAAAAAGACUUGCAAGGAGGCAAUUGAUGACGACACCUCAGGGACCUACGGGGACUUACUACUAGCACUGGUGGGACCUGGGCCGUAACGUAUCUUACGUGGAAAUUGAGUGGAACCUGUGUGGGGAUGAUCAGUACCUGAACUGUUUUGGAUGAUCAGUGUCUUAACAAUAAUUGUGGUAUGGUCUCUACUUUGAUGAAACCUGUGGUCUUUUAACUGGUUGUCAUGGUAACACUGGUAUUUUGAGGACUUGUUUCCGGAAUCAUCUGCACCCUCUUGUUGGAACCUAGAUUCACAGAUAGCUUAUAACUCAAAUGAUGCUGUAUUUUUUCCAAUUCUUGGUGAUGCAACCUGAGUGGAGUACAUAAAGUCGUAUAUAUUUGUUUCAAAAGACGUAGCUCGAGUUUUGAGAGUUUUCCAUGGCUUAUUUUUAAUCAUCAUGUAAAGAUUGACAGAAAAAAAGAACGACAUAUUGACCUAGUUUAUUUGAAUACCGUUUUGGGAACCAGCUCGGGCUGCAUUGUAUUUGUAUAACCGCCCGAGCCCCGAGGGAACAUUUCCAGAAUACAAUUUUCAUAUACGCUCAUAAUCACAAUAUAAAUUAAACCUUAUCAGCUUUAUUAGUAUUGCUCUAGCACUGGACAGCAGUUCAUAUAAGUUUUGAGACUGUUCAAUGUCUAGCCGCCCUUUCUAACCCCACUCUUAGACGUUCUACUCCUAUUUUAUACGUUCUCAUCGUCUCCUCCUACUCUUUUAAACCAGCUUCACGGCACUCGUCUUAAAACUAGUCUGUAUUAUAAAGGAGCAGCUGCAGGACCCCCUUCACGUUACGUCAUGUCACGGGACGUGACGUCAUAUCACGUGAUGAUUGUACUUAAUUAAAACUAGUCCGUAUUAUAAAGGAGCAGCAAGACCCCCCUUAACGUUACGUCAUGUCAUGUGACUGAAGGAGCGUGCUCCAAAAUGAGCUAAUUUUAGAAGAGACAAAGGCCGAUAUCUAAUUUUGUGAUCUGAAUUCAAGAACUGCGAACUUGUUGGCUUUGUGCUUGAUACUUUGAUAUAUCUUGCGAAAAUAAAGCCACUUGGUAUGUUCGGUAGCUGCAAAACAGCUGGGGCGAGAAGUAGAUUUGAUUAAAUAUAAUUUCGUGCUUUCAAUCCGUCCUGUUGAGAGGUUAUGUAUUUUGUGUGUGUUGUAUUUAGUUGUGAUUAGCCAUUUUUUCAUGAUGAAGCUAAUGCUAUUGAAUUAUAUACGGUGUGAUAUAUGUAUUUGUUGUUUGUUGUUUGAUCCGAGUUUUAUUUGAAUAUUAAUUAUGAGAAUACAUUCUAAGUUAUGAUUCCUAAACAGGUUAUUUUGUGCUCCGUUAUAGGCCUGUUCGAUUAUUAUUUUUCAUUAUUUCGGUGAUAAGAUUGUUUCAAGAUUUCGUAUUUAUUCAAUUAUUAUUAUUCAUGAUUGUGUGCAAUAUGUUUAGCUUGUAUUCUAUUUAAGUUUGACUUUGAAAUUACGUUUAUAAGUUUUUAUUAUUUUGUCAUUGAACUGUAUCCUGGCAUGAAAAAAGUGUUGUUUGCGGUGGCUUGAACCUAACCGUAAUUAAAUAACGUUUUGCGGUUGAUUCACGUCAAUAAAUUUUAUAUGCACAGUUCUCUGAAAAUAGAUUAAAAUGUUCGAAACUUGUAUCUUAUAUACAAGUUAUAUACAAGUAUCUUACAUAAUUAUUAAGUCAUAUCAUG